GUCAGCCAUUUUUUAUGUAAGGGGAUUUUUUUUCUUAUUGGGGGGGUUGUUAAAAAAUAAAUAUAAGAGGGCGGCCAUCUUUGUAGCUCUGCCUAGUGUAAAAUAUUUCAAAACGCCCCCCACUUUUUUUUUUCCCUGUGCCGAUUUGAAUAUUAAAUAAAUAUCACACAUUCGAGCUAGAAUCCGCUUCUUUUUUUUUUUUUGCAUACAAGGACGGGAGCCAAAUGACAGGAAUAUAAUGUCCUCUCCUCUCCGGUCUUGUGAGGAAGACGAGGGCAUGGUGGUUAAUUCCGAGGGAGGAGAUUUUGAUGAAGAAGACGACGACGGAGACGGAGACGGGAACGCAAGCGACAUAAACUCGCCGGCGGCGCCUCGGGAAACUGCAACAGCGGCAGCCGCGCCAGAGGAAGAACCAGAGAUAUCAGACAGAGAGGUCCCAAUCCGGAAGAAAGGGCGACCGAAGAAGAAGAAGGACACAAAGAAGAAAGACAAAGAAGGGAAACCAGUGAAAGCAAAAAAACGCAAGAAGAUUGACAGCGAUGUAGAGAAAGACUCAGACAGAGAAAGGGACUACGGUGAGAACUCGGACAGCGUAGCGAGCGACUAUGGCUCCGGAGAGAAAAAGAAGAAGAAGAAACAUAAAGAAAGGAAAGAGAAGAAAACCAAGAAGAAGAAGAAAGACGAUGGGGACAGAGACAGCAGUCAGGAGGAGACAACGAAGCAACCAACAGAGCAGAAGACCUCAGCUCAGCUGGCAAAGGAGUGGGGUCUAGAGGAUGUUGACCAUACCUUCACAGAGGAGGACUACAGGGAACUCACCAACUACAAAGCCUUCAGUCAGUUCAUGAGGCCAAUGAUAGCCAAGAAGAACCCCAAAAUCCCCAUGUCCAAGAUGAUGACCAUCCUGGGGGCCAAGUGGAGGGAGUUCAGCUCCAACAACCCCUUCAAAGGCAACGCCGCUGCGGUCGCUGCCGCCGCCGCCGCCGCUGCUAUCGCUGUCGCUGAGCAGGUCUCUGCGGCGACGGCCUCGCCUGAGCCACCUCCACAGCUACCGCCACCGCCAAUCAGAAAGGCAAAGACAAAAGAGGGAAAAGGCCCUGGCUAUAAGAAGCGUAGUAAAAGUCCUCGAGUUCCAGACAAGAAGAAGGCUUUGGCUGUAGCAAAGGCUAAAAAGAUGGCACCCAUUAGGAUCAAACUAUCGCCUAUUGGUGCCAAGAGGAAGAAAAGUUGCUCAAGCGAGGACAUGGACGAAGACGAGUCGGAGCAGGAGGACUCUAGCGUUCACAGCUCCUCGGUCCGCUCCGACAGCUCCGGCAGGGUCAAGAAGAACAAACGAGGACGGCCGGCAAAGAAGAAGAAGAAAAAUGUCUCGCUGCCUCCAGUCCCAGGUGAGGAGGAGGGCGACGGCUACGAGACGGAUCAUCAGGACUACUGUGAGGUGUGUCAGCAGGGCGGAGAGAUCAUUCUGUGUGACACUUGUCCUCGAGCUUACCACCUUGUCUGCCUGGAGCCCGAGCUGGACAAAGCCCCUGAGGGCAAGUGGAGCUGCCCGCACUGUGAAAAGGAGGGAAUCCAGUGGGAAGCGAAAGACGAGGACUUUGAGGAUUACGAGGAGGACAGCGAGGACCGAGUGAUAUCAGAGGUCUGUGCGGGGCUCCCUAGCGGUGCAGGGGCCGAGGAGGAGGAUGACGACCACAUGGAGUUCUGUCGGGUGUGUAAAGACGGAGGAGAACUACUGUGCUGCGACACAUGUACCUCCUCUUAUCACAUCCACUGUCUGAACCCGCCGCUGCCGGAGAUCCCCAACGGAGAGUGGCUGUGUCCACGAUGCACGUGCCCGCCAAUCAAAGGUCGGGUCCAGAAAAUCCUCCACUGGCGAUGGGGCGAGCCUCCGCCUCCCAUUCCUGUCCCCCCCGCCCCUGACGCCCCACCCGACGCUCCUCUGCCGCCUCCAAUGAAGGGCCGAGCCGAGAGGGAGUUCUUCGUCAAGUUAGCCGCGCAGUCGUUCUGGCACUGCACCUGGAUCACCGAGCUGCAGCUGGAGAUCUUCCACUCUGUGAUGUACAGAAACUACCAGAGGAAGACGGACAUGGACGAGCCGCCCAGCCUGGACUACGGCUCGGGCGCAGAGGAUGAGAACGGAGUGGGGAAGAGCGAGAAGAGGAGGGCCAAGGACCCCCAAUACGCCAUCAUGGAGGACAAGUACUACAGAUACGGCAUCAAGCCGGAGUGGAUGAUGAUCCACCGCAUCAUAAACCACAGUGUGGAUAAGAAGGGAACGUACCAUUACCUGGUUAAAUGGAGAGACCUGACAUACGACCAGUGCACCUGGGAGAGAGAUGACCUGGAAAUCCCUGACUUUGGGAUUUACAAGGGCAACUACUGGAGACACAGAGACACGAUAAUGAAGGAGGAUCCGGACAAACCGAGGAAGAUGAGGAGCAGGAACCAGGAGGAGGGAGAAGAGGAGGAGUCUCCGGCCUCACCAGUCACUGAUCCGACAAUAAAAUACGAGGAGCAGCCGGACUUUGUGACAUCAACAGGUGGGACGCUGCACCUGUACCAGCUGGAGGGUCUGAACUGGCUCAGGUUUUCCUGGGCUCAGGGUACAGACACCAUCCUGGCUGACGAGAUGGGACUUGGCAAGACCAUCCAAACCAUUGUCUUUCUGUACUCGCUCUUCAAAGAGGGUCACACUAAGGGUCCGUUCUUGGUCAGCGCUCCGCUCUCCACCAUUAUCAACUGGGAGAGGGAGUUCGAGAUGUGGGCACCUGACUUCUAUGUGGUGACGUACACAGGAGACAAGGACAGCAGAGCCAUCAUCAGAGAGAACGAGUUUUCCUUCGAUGACACGGCAGUCAAAGGAGGGAAGAAGACCUUCAAACUGAGGAGAGAGGCCACAAUCAAGUUCCACGUGCUGCUGACCUCCUAUGAGUUGGUGACAAUCGACCAGACGGCGCUGAAGUCCAUUGACUGGGCCUGUCUGGUUGUGGACGAGGCUCACCGCCUUAAGAACAACCAGUCCAAGUUCUUCAGGCGCCUGAACGAUUAUAAGAUUGACCACAAACUGCUGCUGACAGGAACUCCUCUGCAGAACAAUCUGGAGGAGCUUUUUCACCUGCUCAACUUCCUCACACCCAACCGCUUCAAUAACCUUGAGGGCUUCCUGGAAGAGUUUGCAGACAUCUCCAAAGAGGACCAGAUCAAGAAGCUGCACGACCUGCUGGGGCCUCACAUGCUGCGGAGACUGAAGGCCGACGUGUUCAAAAACAUGCCGGCAAAGACCGAGCUGAUCGUCAGAGUUGAGCUGAGCCCCAUGCAGAAGAAAUACUACAAGCUGAUUCUGACAAAGAAUUUUGAGGCUCUGAACUCAAAAGGUGGAGGAAACCAGGUCUCCUUGCUCAACAUCAUGAUGGACCUAAAGAAGUGCUGCAACCACCCCUACCUCUUCCCCGUUGCCUCCAUGGAAGCUCAAAAAAAUCCCAAUGGCGCUUACGAGGGCUCUGCACUCACAAAGGUCGGGAAACUGACGCUGUUGCAGAAGAUGCUGAGGAAACUGAAAGACCAGGGGCACCGAGUGCUUGUCUUCUCCCAGAUGACUAAGAUGUUGGACUUGCUGGAGGAUUUCCUGGACCAUGAAGGUUAUAAGUAUGAACGAAUUGACGGCGGAGUCACGGGAGCGCUGAGACAGGAAGCUAUCGACCGCUUCAAUGCUCCUGGUGCUUGUCAAUUCUGUUUCCUGCUCUCCACUAGAGCCGGAGGUUUGGGCAUUAACUUGGCCACCGCCGACACGGUCGUAAUCUUCGACUCUGACUGGAACCCUCACAACGACAUCCAGGCGUUCAGCCGCGCCCACAGGAUAGGGCAGGCCAACAAGGUGAUGAUUUACCGCUUUGUGACGCGGGCUAGCGUGGAGGAGAGGAUCACGCAGGUGGCCAAGAGGAAGAUGAUGCUGACCCACCUGGUGGUCCGGCCAGGUCUGGGAUCCAAAGCCGGCUCCAUGAGCAAACAGGAGCUGGAUGACAUCCUCAAGUUUGGAACAGAGGAGCUCUUCAAGGACGAAGUAGAAGGUAUGAAGAACAGUUCAGGGGACAAAGUCGAGGACGAAGGCAGCGUGAUCCACUACGACAGCGUCGCUAUUGAGAGGCUGCUGGACCGAAGCCAAGACGACUCGGACGACUCGGACGUCCAAAACAUGAACGAGUACCUCAGCUCCUUUAAGGUGGCCCAGUACAUGGUCCGAGAAGAGGACAAGAUCGAGGAGAUCGAGCGAGAGAUCAUCAAACAGGAGGAGAACGUGGAUCCAGAUUAUUGGGAGAAACUGUUGCGGCAUCACUAUGAGCAGCAACAAGAGGACCUGGCAAGCAAGCUGGGGAAAGGGAAGAGAAAUCGCAAACCUGUCAACUACAAUGAUGCUGCACAGGAGGACCAAGAGUGGCAUGCUGACAUUUCAGAUAACCAGUCCGAGUAUUCAGUGGGCUCUGAGGAGGAGGACGAGGACUUUGACGAUCGGCCAGAGGGUCGAAGGCAGUCUCGUCGCCAGUUGAGGAAUGAGAGAGACAAACCUCUGCCUCCUCUCCUGGCCAGAGUUGGAGGAAACCUUGAGGUUUUAGGUUUUAACACCAGACAGAGAAAGGCUUUCCUGAACGCUGUGAUGCGCUGGGGGAUGCCAUCUCAGGACGCCUUCUCCUCUCAGUGGCUUGUCAGAGACCUCAGAGGAAAGACGGAGAAAGAAUUCAAGGCUUACGUGUCCCUCUUUAUGCGUCACUUGUGCGAACCAGUGGCCGAUGGCGCGGAGACAUUCGCAGACGGUGUUCCAAGGGAGGGCUUGUGUCGCCAGCCGGUCCUCACCCGCAUCGGCGUGAUGUCACUCGUCAAGAAAAAGAUUCAGGAGUUUGAGCACAUCAAUGGCCGCUGGAGUCUUCCUGAGCUCAAACCUGAGGUCAGCAUAGAUAAGACCUCUUCCAGGGCCUCCUCUCCUGCUGUGAAGACCGCCACGCCCACCCCUGACGCCAGCUACAACAACACACCGUGCACCUCCAAGCCAGCGACCCCUGCUACCUCAGAUAAGCUGGAGAAGAACGGAAAGGAGGGAGAAAAGGAGGAUGAGAAAGAGGAAGGAGAGGCGAUGUCUGAGAGAGAGAAAGGGAUGGAAAAAGAGAAGGACGAGGGGAAAGAGGAGGACAGCAAAAAUACCCCAGAAGUUGAAGAGCUUUCAUCUUCAACGAAAGAGGCGUUAAAAACAUCGUCCCCUGGUCAGAAAACCGAAGGCAAAGGAGAGAGCAACCUAAAGGAGGAGGAGAAGAAACAAACCGAUGACUCUGCUGCUGCUGCUGCUGCGACAACAAAGGAGAGUAAAGAAGAAUCAACGCAAGACACAGACGUUAAAGAGGAGAAAUCAGCAGGAGAAAAGUCUGUGGAGGAGAAUGAAAACGACAAAGAAAAGCAAGAGGAGAUACAGACGGCAGCAGAAGCGACAGACGCUAAGGAUAAGAGCGACGGAGCUGACGUAAAAAAAGAGGACGUUAAAGGUGAAAAGGAUGCUGGGAAAGAGGUGAAGGCAGCGAAGGAGGAGGCGCCAAUUUUCACCAGGGGGAACGGGAGGCCGCCGAUUGAGCGACCUCGCUUUAUGUUCAACAUUGCAGAUGGCGGCUUCACCGAGCUGCACACUCUGUGGCAGAACGAGGAGCGCGCUGCCAUCUCCUCGGGGAAGAUGAACGAGAUCUGGCACCGCCGACACGACUUCUGGCUACUGGCGGGAAUCGUGAUUCACGGCUACGCCCGAUGGCAGGACAUCCAGAAUGAACCUCAGUUCGCCAUUGUCAAUGAGCCUUUCAAGUCGCAGGCAAAUAAAGGCAACUUCUUGGAGAUGAAGAACAAGUUCCUGGCUCGACGAUUCAAGCUGUUGGAGCAGGCACUGGUGAUCGAGGAGCAGCUACGACGGGCGGCCUACCUGAACAUGACCCAGGACCCGAGCCACCCGGCCAUGGCGCUGAAUGCUCGCUUUGCUGAGGUGGAGUGUCUCGCCGAGUCGCACCAGCACCUCAGCAAGGAGUCGCUGGCGGGGAACAAGCCGGCCAACGCUGUCCUGCACAAAGUGCUGAACCAGCUGGAGGAGCUGCUGAGUGACAUGAAGGCUGAUGUCACCCGGCUACCGGCCACGCUGUCCCGAGUCCCGCCCAUCGCCGCCCGUCUGCAAAUGUCCGAGAGGAGCAUCCUCAGUCGACUGGCCAGCAAGGGCACUGAGACGCACACACCCCCGCCCAUUCCUCCAGGACCCUACGCAACCCCUCAGAACUACGGCGCCCCCUUCACCCCAGCACCCCCCAGUGCCCUACAUAUGGGAGGGGCCAACUACACUCAGAUGCCACCUGGAUCCUUCAUAUCAGAAGCCGCCGCCGCUGCCGGGGCCACCGGGGGAGCCGCUGGAGGGUCGGCCGCCGCUUGCCAGAAGACGAAGGAGCACGAUGUGGGGCAGCGGCAGCGGGUGGUGGACCUCUGGAAGGAUGGCAAGUCGGAGGGCGCCAUUGGGCAGGAGCUGAGAAUGCCCAAGUCGACGGUGCACAGCAUCAUUGUCAAAUACCGCCUCAGCAACACGGUGGAAAACCUGCCGCGCAACGGGCGACCCAAGAAACCCUGAGGCGAGAAGGAAACUCCGAGGAAAAAUCGACGACAAAGAAGAGAUCAAACUUCCUGACGUUGACAAAAAAACAGAUAUAAAAAGGAGAGAAGAAUACCUGAACUCAGGAGAAAGAGAGUCUAAAAAAGGACCCAAGGACAGAGCACAGUGACUCUGCUGGAAUGUAAGGAAUAAAAAGGGAGACUCAAAAACUGACUUGAUGGAUCGAUUAAGGAGGGCAGGCCAAAAGGAGAGGGCAUUAAAAGUGGCAUCCAUUAAAAGAAAACACUCAAAAUGAGAGUGGAAAGGUGCUGGCCAUGAGAUCAGGCACUAAUGAUGCGUGGGGGGAAAAUGAGGCAGAGAGAGAGAGAGAAAAGAGAAGACCUGUCUGGAACAAACAAAUCCUCUUGCAGAGAGAAGACGCUGCUGAAAAACUUCUGAUGUUAAUGGAAAAGAUGCUAGACUUAGCAGGGUAGGAAAAAAGAUGGUAUGUUAAUGCAAUCACAAGUUUGUCAAGAAUUUUGAGAUGAAGGCAGACAUGCAGGAAAAUGCAAAGGAAUAAGGACUUUUUUUUUCUUUUUCUAAAUCUUCUCAGACAGACUUCUUUCUUCUGUUUCUCCAUUUGCGCCUAAAAAAGAUUUCCCCCCGGAUCAAUUCUUCAUCUGCCGGCAGACUGAACAAGCAGGUCCCCUUGCUUUGACCCUGUACUCCCUCAUUCCUCCACACUCCUCCGUCUCAUACACACAUAUACAGUAUAUAUAUAUAUAUAUAUACACACACACACUUUGGACCUCAAACACAACCUAUAAACCUGAAGAGAACUUAAUUUAUCUGCGGAGUAGAGGCAGAUGAAGUCCAAACUUAAAAUAGAAUGGAGCUUAGUGGACUCAGGAUACCAUGCAAAAAACAAAAGACUGCAAAAAAAAAAGAAGUCUAAGUAUAAAGCACAGCUUCCCAUGGACUCCUUUGCCCCUGAAUUCCUGAGCCCAAACAAAAAGUGAAGCAAGAACUCUAAAUAUAAAAAAGAAAGAUGUUGCCUUUAACUAUUACAAGCAGAUUUUCUGACGGACUGAUUUGGAGGAUUGAAAUGUAUUACAAAGCAUAUUUACUAACACACCUUUAUUACAGGGGAAUCAUGCUCCAAUGAUUUUUACAUAUCCUGUCUUUAUGCCUCAUCACAUACAAUAUCAGUAUUUAGGAGAAGAGUCAAAGGCUGUAAUCUGUCAUCAGAAGAUAAAGGGAGACUCACUUUGAAGCCUGAAGAGACUUCUUUUGGUUCUUUAAGCUCCUUUUAUUGUGACAGCGUGAUGGAUGCCACGCUGGAAAAUGUCCCCCAAACUCAGAAAAUAAAACACUCUGGACUGUGUCA